UGAUCAACAUAUGCUAAUGGCCCAGCUGAUUUAUAGCAAUCCUUGUGCAGUGGCGUGAUCGAGCUACAGCUGAUGUCGAAACCGGCACGGUAUUUUCCAAUGGAAAUCUGGCGAUGGACACACAAAACCUGACACUGUGAUACCUAAAAUUGGCCAUUUGGACACCAGAAUCUCGUACGGAACGCUUGUGCUGGAGUCAUUGGUGCAUUUAGGAGGAUUUAACAGAAACUGUUGGAUUUAUGAUUUCGGGCACCGUCGUUGACCUCGUCAGACCAACUGAUCAUUUUCUUCAUCGAUAGGGCAGGAAAGCAGGACUUGGUGCCUCUGCUGGUUGUACGUGACAUAAACUCAUAUUAUUUUCGUAUCCUGUCAAAUCAUUUUCGCUGAAGACCUGGGCAUACGUGUUGACAUUUCGUGACCGCAUUAAUCUCUUUGUUCGUGGAAUCUCAUUGUGAAUGCAAGCGCUGCAAAACAGCUGAUCCAAAAUGGAGGUAAUAGAUGGCUAUCAGGAUCCAAGCCAAAACUGGGAGGGUUCAGACUUCGUUCUGGACUUGAAUAUCUCUCGGAUAGCAAUGUACGACGACAUCAUCAUCCCUUUUAACAUCACAGAGCCCCUGUACUGGUCGCAUUCGUACAAAGCUGUCGGAUUCUCCUUUGGAUUACUUGUCUUUCUCAUCGGGUUCAUCGGCAACAUCGGAGUGAUAGCAACCCUCUGGAAGUCCCCUAGUCUCUUCGUCCAGAACGGUGCAAGUGCCACAUACCGGUUUAUAUUCUGUCUCGCGGUUGCAGACCUUUCCGUGCUCCUGACCUCCGCCCUUCCCCACCUCAUUGAACUCUUUCUCAUCCUGAACCAGUGGGUCUACGGUCGUGCUGGUUGCUCCGUCCUAGUCUUCAUGCAGUAUCUCUCCGAAGACGUAGGCGGACUUGCCCUUCUCUGCAUCGCAUUCGAGCGCUACCGCAGCAUAACUAAGCCAGACGCCUCAACGUUCACCAUCAAACGCACGAACAUUACCAUUCUUUCCAUAUGGUUAGUCGUGAUCACAUUCUGCAGCCCGUGGCUGGUUCUGACAAAGACUGUCGCCGAGACGUAUUUCGGAUCUGACGGACAUCAUGUCCUCGUGGAGGAGUGUACCUUUAAACUUUCAGCGGAGUCGUUUGCAGGUUAUUACGUAACUGACACUAUCCUAUUCUAUCUAGUGCCCGUCGUGGCUUCGGCGACCAUGUAUACCAUGAUUGGCCUCAAGGUGACGCAGGGUCGAGUCGCCAUCGAUAGACAGAAAGAGGACUACAGAAAGCAGGCAAGUGUUUUCGUCAUGCUGACCAUGGCCACGCUCCUGUUCGGGCUGCUGAUGAUGCCAUACCGGUGCCUCAUCCUCUACAACCUCCUCAUGCCCAGCAAGUUCUAUAACAUGUGGUUCUUCCUGUUCGCUCGCCAAGCGGUCUACACCUCCAGCGCCCUCAAACCCUUGGUCUACAUCGCCUGCUCCUAUCAAUUCAGAAAGGCUUUCAAGAAUGUCGUCUGCUGUAGGAACAGACAAGAGGACAAUUUGCACCUUGAGUUGCAAGCAACUGCUCAUGCUACCAUGCUUUAAAGUACAAAAAGGAAACGAAAGACGUACAUCAUCUUUAAAACCGCACUCUAUUGAAUUCCACCAAAUCCCAUUGCGACUGAGAAGUGUCAUUGCUGAAUAAAGACUGGUUGGCCUAUAACUAUAUCAGCAGUAUGCUGCUGUUUCUGUUCGCUAACUCGGCGGUCAUAAGCAAUCGUCUUGACAUGAGCAAUAAGACUGGACGUGAAUGGAAAAAUACGAGAUUAUGAUCAUGAGAUGAUAUGGAGAGAGCUUGUAAUAGUCACAGGUUUAAUGAUCAUAUACGUUAAUGAUAUGAUUUUUCUCGUUUCGAUAGUGUGAGGCUUUAAGUGAUGUCUUGUGAUUCCCAGAGAGAGAUCUGUUGCGCCCGCGGGGUGUAGACCCGGUGUAAACCAGCAUUCAAUGACAGAGAAUAGGAGACUCUUGAAGUAGAAUUUGAGUUUCGUUGCUCCGAAUCUUUGUACAUAAUUCUAUACAGAUGUAUGCUUUUAACAUUGUCAUUUUUGUCACAUAUCAUAACGACGCAAUAUUUUGCCGAAGGAAAAUUUAUGAGAAAAAAUAUAUUUGUUUUUUGAAGUUGCGAUUUGGUUUGGAAGUUGUUUUGUCAGUAACCCAGAAAACCUUCCCCUUUUAUAUUGUAAAAUAGUUCAGAAGAGAAUAGUCAGAAGGUUCGGCUGAGCUCCUCCUGGGGAAUUUCCGAAUUCCGCACAAUAUUGUAAAUACGUAAUGCGAUUGGUAAUUAAAGUUAUUAUACCCUGCCUGUGUUUUAGUAUUACCCAUUGUAUAUCCUCGAGUAAAAAGCCUGGCCUGCUGAAAAAAUUUCUAAGUCCAAAUAUUUUUUUCCCUUAUUUUUUUUUCUCCUCAAAAUGAAGAAACAUCAUCAGUCCCAAAAAUUCUUUCAACAUGAUGACAAAAAUCAACUCUGAAAGAUGAACAAAUCUCUAAAUCCAAAUAUUUUUUUCACUUGUUUUUUUUUUCUGCUCAAAAUGAAGAAACAACAUCAGCCCCAAAAAAUUUUCGGCUUUGAAAAUUUUUGAGAAUUUUGAACUUCUGAAAAAGUUCAACAAUUUUAGCAGGGAAAACCUAAUCAUGCAUUUUGUCCCCGGAUUUUCAACUUCACUAACGCGACCACCCCGGUAACGCGAGCAUUCAACCGCAAAAAAGUUCUGAGACUUGUAUUCUAAUUAAUUUCAAAAUUGUGAUAUUUAGAACAAUUUAGAUUGCGUUAGUUUCUUAGAAAAUAAUACAUGUAAUAGUAUUUUUACGUCAUUCCCAUCACGAGUGUGUGUGUAAAAGAAUUGUAUGAAAGGGUGUCCUACUUUAUAAGCGGAGAGAGAAAUUUUCGGAACGGUAAUCUGGGGUUUCAACCCUAACAUCCUUACAUCAGAACAUGUUUUAUGGUCUGUAGAGUGGUUUCACAUGACGUCAUCACCUGCCAUGCUGGAGGGACAGACAAAAGAAAGCAAGCCCAAAUGACCAUGACAGCAUUUGUUUAGUCAAGCACAACAAAUCAUUGUUCUGCCCUCAAACAUGGCUGACAGUGAAAACACUCUAUAGUUUGCCUUGUUAGAAUAGUAGAAUGAGCGUUUUUUAUAAUGAUUGUUUGCGAAUAUCAUCCUCCAUUUUUUCACGAUGCGCAUGGUUGGUGUUUUUUCAGUGAUGUUAACAGGUGAGAAGAUAAGUGUAUGCAGCCCAAUAAGAUGCAACCCCAUGUCGUAACAAAUUAUAGUCCUACUCGUUUUGGUUUAAAAAUUUGAGAAUUAAACUUAUCUUAAAGAUGUCCAAUUGUGUAAAUAGGUACUAAAUAUAAAUUCCAACAAUGCCGUGGUGCUGACUGUCUAGAGAUAGUACGAAUGCCAAGUUUCAGCGAAUUUGGGUGCGAAAUAACUACUCUACGGCAAGGUUUUUUCUAUUAACCUGAGCCGCAAGAAAAUGCAACUGUUGAACAAGAUGAUCUAUAAAUUUCAUCUGAAACUUCAAGCUUCAAGUAUCUACAAAUACUUACUUUGCCAGAAUCGGACAGAGUCUGACCAAGAACAAACCGAUUGAAGCCAAAUUUUGACAAUUCAUUCAGCCAUUUUUGGUUUUUUUGCGUGUAGUGCUAUUUUGGCGUUUAUAUAUUCUGUAAUUUCAUGUCCAAUUUUUUAUCAAAUUCUGGGUUCCACUCUCUUCUCACCUGCUGACAACAUUGACAUCAACUGUGGCAUCAAACAAAAAUUAGGAACGUGGGCAUUAUUUCAAGCCUCAGGUAACGGUCAGCCUCUCCCAUUGGACAGACUAAAUAGGUCGCCAUGGUGAUGUGAUCGAUUUUGGGCAUUGUCGUAAAAUACGAGUUGUUUUUCAUGUUAUAUGUUAUAUCACUCAUUAGGACAGAGUCUCAGCUGGUUAAAAAAUGUAUAUUGUGGCCAAAAAGUUAUUUCAUUGACGAAUCUCCUUAUACCCACAUUCGUGUCUACUCUGCCCAAACAGCAACCCAAACCACUGAUUUUUUUGUUU